AACACGUACAGCAUUGUGUGGCUAUUUCUAUGUUAGCUUUAAUCAACAACAUAAAUACUAGAAAUGUUUAAAUGUUGUCCGACAACACUGACAGUGAAGGAUCUAAAAACAGCUGAUGUUAACUGAUAAAUACUUUCACCUGUGGAGGUGGUGACAGUGCCAGAGAUGAUCCAUCAUUAAUCACAGUUUAAUAUUUAUAGAUUCUGAUCUUAAAAGUGUUGCUACCAUCACCUGUCAACAACAGCAGAAGUGAAGCUGCAGGUCAUUUCAUCAGAGGAAGAUGAACUGGGAGGUUUUCUAUCAUCAUCAUCAUCAUCAUCAUCAUCACAGCACAUUAGAGAACUAAGGAUGUCCAUGCAGUCUCCCUUCAACCAGAUGAAUGAAACUAAUGUGCUGCUCUGUACAUGAGCUCCUCCUUCUGUUGGCACAGAUCACUCAGUUUUCACAGUGUGGAAACUUUCAAAUGACGAUAAAACACAAACACUUGAGUUAAGAUGCGGUGGAUCACAGUUAAUCACAAAUAUCGAUCAGCUGUCAGGACAGGUGCAUGAAUGUCUGCUUCAGUUCAGGACUGGUUUGAAUAUUAAAUGAACAAUCUUCUAUAUGACAAAUAUUUUUCUACACAUUUUGUAAACGUCACGUUAUCUUAACUUGAACUAUCACGUCAUCUUGAUGGACAAUGUAUUAACUGACAUUAACGCUGCGCAUUACACUAACGCAGAUCAAUUAAACUGGGUCACGUGGAGAAACACAAACCAAACGUAGCCCCGCCCUAAAGCCGCUCUGCUUUAAAGUCUAUUUUUAUAUGGUCUAAUAAGACCAUAAUUUAAAAAAUGAACAUCAUGUUUUAUUGAAGAAAACUUCAAACUAGAGAUUCAGAGCAUAAACACAGAAUGAAAAGGUUUACCGAGGUAACAGAUCAAGUUACAAGUAGUGUCGUUUUCACAUAGACUUCAACACAAUCGGACUUCUUUUUGCAACCCGCGGAGUCGCCCCCUGAUGGUCAUUUGAUAGAAUGCAAGUUUAAGGCACUUCCGCAUUGGCUUCAUUUUCCAGACUGAGAGUUGACAUCCAUUUUUAUAUAUAGUCUAUGGUCUGUGUCUGUGUGCCUGUGUAAACCCAUAGGUAUUAAUACAACUUUACCAUACAGUAUUACAUUUUUAUUCAUACCCUACAAAAACAACAUUUGACCUAAUUGGUCAAAAUGAAACAGCCCACAAAUAAAACUAAAUACACACAUUUCUUUCUUUUAAAACAAAUCACAUUUUCCUACUGUUGCUAUGUUACCAUGCUGAAACAAAUGCUAUUGGCUGUCUCAUCGUGAGCUUUUGAACAUGUUUGGUUUAUCUGACUUUCAUCAAGGCAACUGGCCAAUGACAACUGUGCGCAGGUCAGUUUAAAUGUACAGCAGGUAGUUAGUCACUGUAAUGAAGAAAACAACAACAUUAACUGUGUUCAGAUAGAGCAGCAAUAAACUCUACCGGUAACAGAAACUCCAGAGACCGGCGAGGAGACGCUGCAGUGACGUCAGCACGUAAACGGUCCCUCACUGCUGGUGAUGAAAGGUGAUGUACUCUGUGUAAACGUGUUACUGCGGCACAUUUCUAAAAGGGGAAGAGGAGGGUAAAACAUCUUAUAUGGGGAUGAUAAUAAUAAUAUAUGGUAAAAGUAUUAAACAACAUCUUUAGGCUGCCAAGGAGCCAGUAUCAGUUCCAAGGUGAAAACAGCACCAAGAGCAAUCAGUUCAUUCCAGUCAGGCUCUUUGCAGCCUGUGCACACAGCUGAUAAUUAUUAAUGUACACUCAGCUGACAAUUUAUUAGGAACAUCCAGCUAAAACUGAUACAGUCUAAUACAACAGCCCUUCAUGAAGAUUAUACUGUUUAUACAGAGGUGUUUCUGUUAUUUAGUCUAUCUUUGCUGAUAUAAAUGGGUUGGACAAAAUAUAGUAAUAAUAGAAAGUAAUAGAAACUUAAAGCCAUGGCGAGUGUCUUUAUGUAGCAGUAGUUUUGUGUUGGCAUCGGUUCAGAAUAUUUCUGUCUCUUUGAUUAUUAAUAAUCAAAUCAGCACUGAAAAAUCUGUUGAUCCCUGUUGCUGUUGGUCAAUUUAGGCUGAUUCUGUCCUUGAUUAAUUAAUGUGUUAUUCAGUUAAUACCAAGCAAUACAAAAAUCUGGAAAGGACCAGAAACACUGAUGAAAGCUGAACUGUCACUGUGUAAAAACUGUGAAUGGGAUUUCAAAGUUCAACACAACCAGAAAAACGUUCUGAACAUUUGGACUUUUGAAUGGAGUUUCCAGCUGAAAGUAUGACUGAGAAGAAGAGGUUGAAAAAUGCAUGAAAAGUUGUGAGAACUGGAGAUUUUUAAUAUUCCGUCCAUUCAUCUUAAUGGGAAACAAAUGUAAGAAAAACACUGAAUAUUUAUGUAUGAAAUACAUAUAUUAAAAAACUAAAGAAAUCCAGUGAUGUCUGAACUGAGCUGAACAUUAUAAGGUUUGAAUGGAGUUUCUAUGUUGAAGCUUCUAGAAAGAGAUAGGAAUGAAAAAAGAAGUUUUGAUGUAGUGCGACAGAAGAAUGAAAUAUACAAACAAUUCAACACCUCACAGUACAUGCUCCCAAAUGAUCCAGUGCUACAGUCACUGGUCUUUUCUAAUGGGAAGGAAAAAAUAACUGAGAGAAAACUUAUGAAAUCUAAAGAAAAGAUUUUAACCACAGUAUUAUGAUACAUGGAUUAAACAGAAUUGUAAUGGUGGACUUUUGAUUAAUUCUGGGAUAUUUUGGUUUUGUUUAUUUUGUUUAACUGAAGAUUUCAAUGUGGGAACUUUUCUCUUUAGAUUUAAUUAAUUGUUGAAACUGUGAGGGCAGGUUUGUACUGUUUGAUUGCUCUGUACUAAUAUAAUUAUAAUUAUACUAAUAUUCCUGUGAGUUGUAAUGAUGAUAUGGAGCCAGACUUGGACGGAAGUAACAUCUUGCAUAUGUUGUUCUAUGUUACAGAUUCUCUCUUAUGAAACAAACCAGACAUUAACGUCGACUGUUACCAUGGUGACAUAGCAAGAAGGAAACAUGCUGAGAACCUGGGAACAUGAAGUUAUGUGAGUAUAAACCAGGCUGUUUAUCACCAGACAACAGGAAGUGCAUAAACACAUACAGGCUACAUACAUCCAAACACACCAGACACAGUGAGGGGAGGUGGGUGAAGCUACAGAGGAGGGAAAGAAGAAGAAAAGAAGGAGGAAGGAAAUGUGAAACACGUUGGUGAGGAAACGACUGAUGUGUUUGAAGAGACUGAAGAACCUCAGAGAUAAGGGAAGAAAGGAAGGAAGGAAGGGAAGGAGACAAGGAGACGGGAUGAAGGGGAGGGAGGAGGAGUAAAUCAGUGUCGGAGACUCUGACGCGGAAGAAGAAUCAACCUCUGAGAAGGAAGAAGGAACCGAAAUGAAAGCAGCCGCCGUCGGUCCGGGUUCACACUUGUUGAUUAAUGUUUAUAUCCAGUCCUGAGGCCGGGUCCUGAGGCCGGGUCCUGAGGCCGGGUCCUGGACUUCUUCCCACCCGGUUUGUAGUGUGUUUGUCCCGGGUCCUGGAGCUGCUGGUUUCAGGCUGCAUGGCUGGCUGACAGACAGACUGUGGUUGUUGCUGGACGCUUUCUCUCAUCUCUCAUCCGUGUCACGGUCUUCACACCGCCUCUUCAUCAUUUCAUCUUUUAUUCAUCCUGCUUCCCCCGCGGGAAACCCCGGGAAUCACACGGAGGACGGCGCCCUCUUGCCCGUGCAGCCCCGCUGGGUGGCACCGCUGUCUCCGCGCGGAGGGACUCUGAUCUCGGCGUGGUGGACGACCUCUUCACCGUGACAAGACGACGUGGAAGAGGUUUGAAACCCGGACACUGCCUCCUCCCGCAGCACCGGGGCUGUAUUUAAGAAGCUGGAUACACGGUUAAUAUUUCAGGAGGUGGGUAUUUAGCAAGACUGUGAAGCGGGAAGCUCCGAGAGACACACCGACCGCGGCGCCCUCUCCGCCGGGCAGCACCACUGGGUGGCACCGCUGGGUCCAGCCGGGGGGAUAAGUCCUGUUCGCGGGUUAGCAACGUCACAUUUACUGGAAAACUAAUGUCGUCUGGAUCACGACGUCGUGACCGGUGAGCCCGCUCCGUCGUUCUGAACCCGGAUAAUUAGCUUCUGAAGCGGAGAGAGCUCCGGGACACACAACCGAGUACGGCGCCCUUCCGCCGGGCUGAGCCUCUGUGUCCGGCCCGGUGGUCUGUCUCACCACCGGGGUGGAAUGUUUUCUAGACCUCCGGGCUUCUCUGCACCAGAAGUGAACCCCCCCACGCCCCUGUCGGUGAGCUCGUGCGGAGAGACAUGGCGGACUCCGGUCGGGCCAGACCGGCGGACCCUGACGCCGCGGACAGCCGGACCGCGAGUCCUUUGACCGUGAGGAAGAGGACGCAGCAGUCUCCCGGGCUCCGGCCCAGGUACCAGAGCUCUGCUCUGGGCCACUGCUUCAAGAAAGUCACCCUGACCAAACCCACCUUCUGCCACAGCUGCAGCGACUUCAUCUGGGGUCUGAUCGGCUUCCUGUGUGAAGUGUGUAACCUGAUGUGUCAUGAGAAAUGCCUGAAGACGCUGCGAUCCGUUUGUUCCUGCAUGACUCCGUCUGUCGUCCAGGUGCCUGUGGCUCACUGCUUCGGUCCAGCUGCUCAGAAGAAACGUUUCUGCUGCGUCUGCAGGAAACACACGGAGGGAAACACGGCGCUGCGCUGUGAAGUGUGUGAGCUACAUGUCCAUGCUGACUGUGCUGCCUUCAGCUGUGCCGACUGUCGCAGAUGUCACCUGGACGGGACUCUGGAACAGGAUACGUUUCCCCACCACUGGAGGGAGGGGAACCUGUCAUCAGCAGCCAGGUGUGAGGUGUGUCGGCGUUCCUGCGGCUCGUCCGACGUCCUGGCGGGGAUGAGGUGCGAGUGGUGCGGCAUCAUGAGCCAUGCAGCGUGUUACCUCAGCGUGCCACCAGAGUGCACUCUGGGACGUCUGCACCGCAUGCUGCUGCAUCCGGCCUGCGUCCGCCUCGACUCCAGAAACUUCAGCAAGAUGCACUGUUACCGCAUCACAGAGAGCCACGAGCUGGAUAACUCAGAUGACGUCGAUGCUGCUGUGUCUAAAGACGGUCAGCUGACGGCUUCAGAGUCAGGUAAGCAGUCUCUCAAGGUGUUUGACGGUGAUGAUGCAGUCAAGCGGAGCUACUUCCGACCGGUCUCCAUACUUCGAGCCACGAGGAAUGAAGACGUGGUGGAGGCGGCACUCAGGGCCUUCUACCUUCCCGAUGACCCUCAGGACUACGAGCUGCACGAGGUUGGAGGCCUGCAGCGUUUCCACAGUGACGACAUCCUGAACCGCAACGGCGGUCCGGACAACAGAAGCUCUCUGAGGGAUGGAGGCGACUCCUGGCUGCUGAGGGCCAAACCCCGAGAAUCUGAGGUCAUCAAGGUGCAUGCUGGCUGGCCCAGGUUGUCUGCAGCUUUCAUCCGUGUCUCCAUCUCAAAGAGCAGCACAGCAUCUUCAGUUCUCACUGAGGUCCUCAGAGAACUGGACAGACAGGAGGACGUGUCCAGCUUCAGUUUGAUGGAGAUCUGGAUGAGCAGCAAGCAAGUGCAGAGACAGAUGCUGACGCCUCAGGAGAAGGUUCUGGACAAACUGCAGGAGAUCAGGAAGCUGUCUUUGCGUCAGAUGAAUCAGACGCGUUUCUACGUUGUGGAGAACAGGAAGUGGGCGGUGCAGGUGAGCCUGCUGAUUGGAGGGCUGCCCCCCCUGCUGACCAGAGAGGAGUACGCCCAUCUGAUCCAGGAACACCUGACCAUCAAGAGUCAUCUGGUCAACAUCAGCCACUACUACCCCAGUCAAGGUGCGGUGGGGUUGCAGAUCUCGUGUUUCUCUGAAGCAGAGAGGAUUUACAUGUUGGCUAAAGACACAUCUGUCAACAGCAAGAUGCUUACGUCCCUCGUCAUCCCAGAGAUCAUGCUCAACAGUCUGGGAGAAGACGUCUGUCCCCUGCUGGUCUUCGUCAACCCAAAGAGCGGAGGACUGAAGGGACGCGAGCUCCUCUACAGCUUCAGGAAGCUGCUGAACCCUCACCAGGUCUUUGACAUCUCCAACGGAGGUCCGCUGGCUGGCCUCCACACCUUCAGGCAGGUCCCCAGGUUCCGGGUUCUGGUCUGCGGGGGUGACGGGACGGUGGGCUGGGUGCUGGGAGUACUGGAGGCUGUCCGACACAAACUGGUCUGUCGUGAGCCGCCCAUCGGCAUCGUCCCUCUGGGAACAGGUAACGACCUGGCUCGGAUCCUGCGCUGGGGGCCGGGUUACAGCGGCGAGGACCCCCACCACAUCCUGGUGUCUGUGGACGAAGCGGAUGAGGUCCUGAUGGACCGAUGGACCAUCCUGCUGGAUGCCCAGGACAUGUCUGAGGACGGCAAGGACAACGGCUUCCUGGAGCCGCCAAAGAUCGUUCAGAUGAACAACUACUUCGGUCUGGGCAUCGACGCUGAGCUCAGCCUGGACUUCCACCUGGCCCGAGAGGACGAGCCGGACAAAUUCACCAGCAGGUUCCAUAACAAAGGAGUGUACGUGAAGGUCGGACUGCAGAAGAUCAGUUACACCAGGAGUCUCCACAAAGAGCUGCAGCUACAGGUGGACACACACAACGUCCCCCUGCCCAACAUAGAGGGACUGAUCUUCCUUAAUAUACCCAGCUGGGGUUCAGGUGCUGAUCUCUGGGGGUCAGAGGUCGACGGUCGCUAUGGGAAACCGAGCAUUGAUGAUGGUUUGCUGGAGGUGGUCGGGGUCACUGGAGUCGUCCACAUGGGCCAGGUGCAGAGUGGCCUCCGAUCUGGGAUUCGUAUUGCUCAAGGGAACUACAUCAGGCUGACAGUAAGUAAACCCAUACCUGUCCAGGUGGACGGAGAACCGUGGAUCCAACCGCCGGGACACAUCAUCAUCUCUGCUGCCGGACCAAAGGUCCGGAUGUUGAGGAAGUCCAAGCAGAAGCAGAAGAAGUCUUCAGCCGGCCCAAAGGACGGGCGUUCAGAGAGUCCCUCCUCUAGAGACGGAGGACACUGACCGACCCGCCUGAACAUCACAGUUGUCCCACUGUUUACCUGCUUCCUGCUGCACCUGAGAAGCCGUUGUGGUGCCGGCACCUAGCUGUGAUGUCGCUCACGUGGCUUCGCAGGGACGACGAUGCCGAUCGGCCUGAAGGCUGAGGUUUAACCUUCACAGCCUGAUUGUGGUGGGAGGAAAGACCGGGAUCGCCUCAAGUUUGUCCCAGUCGGGAUCACAUUUCCGCCCUGCUGACUUAGCACUUACACAAUUCACAACAACCAUGGUUAAUACUUAGCACCUGAAAUUGACUUUUUUACUUAAAACUCAAGAUAGUAAGUAUCUAAUACACUCAUAAUAGAGUUUCUGUAAAGACUGGGAAAGAGAUGAUAUUGGAUUUUGACAAUUUCCCAGAAUGGAUAAGCUUCAGUUGAACAAAAAGAAAAUGGAGAGGAGUAUUUAACAGAAAGUUUCUGUCCAGAUGUGACUGUAUAUGUUCAGUAAGUAUCAGUAUCAGUUGAUAUAUUGUAAAAACUUUAGUUGUGAAAAAUAAUGUGCAGCUAUAGAGUGAUCAUGACCUCCUCGUUAGUCGUUUUCUCUUUGCAAAAUAUGGAGAAACCGAAUACUGAAGCGCUCCUGGAGAGACUGACGGGCAGUUUUCUAAGAAGCUGCAAACACGUUAUGUUUUCUUCUUUUUCUCCUUCUUCUUCUGCUGGUGUGAAAUCCUUUAGUAACAUUGGUUUUCUGAAUGUCAGAGAACAGCGUUGAUGUUGCGGUGAAGCUCUCCAAAGCUAAUGAACAUGCAAAAUCAAACAAGAAAUCCCUGAUUCUCUGAAACCACAGGGACCACUGAGCUGCAUCAGUGUGUAGCACAGGUCAAGGGACUGAUUAAAAGUUUAGAUGAGUGUGAACCGCGGCACAGAGUGUUAACUGCAGAUAAACUGUAAAGCCUGAAGCACAGUUUGUAUUUUAGUCAAGGGGAAGCUUUUCUUUGUUAAUGCUUAGAGUUUGAAGAAGCUUUUACUUUGGCAACUACAUAGACUGUGAUGAGGAUAUACAUACACAUAUAUAUAUAUAUAUAUAUAUGCAUAAAAGUGUAUAUAAGUCCUGCUGUCAAUGCUGUGUCACCAAAUUAGUUUGGCUUCAAAUUAUCACCUUGUAUUAAAAUUAUUAACUUUUGCAAAGCAGAUUACUUUGCACAAGAUAUAGAUCUUACAUAUACAUAUUUAUACAUUAUAUAUAUAUAUUAUAUACACAGACAGUGUUGUUGUGAAGGAAAAUGUCUCUAGUUAAAACAUUUUUGUUCCUAUUGACUACAAUAGAAACUGUGCUGUUGCUUUACCCUGUAUUUUCAGUAUGCUAGCGUACACAGCUGAUUUUCUUCCCUGAUAGCAGUUAGCUUUCUGUUGUGUUGUUGGAGCUUAAGUGCAUUUUAUGGAACAAGAGUAUGAAGACGUGUCUGCGUCCAGUUCACUGAGCAGCAAACCUCUGGUACCUCUCUGCUGGUGAUGUUAAGUACCAUUUAACAACAGACAAGGACACAAACACUUCUCAAUAAGCGGAUGUGAUGUUCACACUAGAAAAUGUUAAAAUUAGAUUUCUUAAAGUGCCAUCAGCAGCGCCCAAAACUAGCUAGAAAACAAUCUAUAACUAGUGAUGUUACUAGCCUUGCAGCAGUUAGCUGGUCGGCUUAAUCAAAAUUCAAAUUGUGAAGUAAAAGAAAACAAAGACGAGAGUGAAAUGUUGAUGAUAACAGUAGCUACAUUACCAGCUCGGCGAGCUAGUUGCUAAGCUAGCUUACAAUUAAAAAUGAAACUUAAACUCAAUUAAUUUUAGGAGGAAAAAUAAAUGAAGGGUAACUAUUGACUAAAAUGUUAAACUACCAUUACUAGCUUGGUCAGCUAGUAGCUGGUUUGCUAAAAUUAGAGCCAAAACAAAACUGAACAAAACUCUGUGAAUGUUUGAGGAACAAAUACAUUUGAGGACAUGAAUUUGGUCAAAUGUGAUAAUAAAUGUGACACUUUACUAUUACAGGACUUUAGCUAGAAGACUAGCUAAGCUAAACUCAACUAGCAACAUUGCCAGCAUGGAAAACUUGUUAGCUAGCAGACUAGCUAGGUUGCUAAAUAAAUAAUGAAUAAAAGUAAACAAGGGACAUACUGCUCUCACUGCAAUGAGUUCGCCAAUUCAAAUUAAUUUGAUAAACUAAAGACAUUGAUAAAUUAAUAAAGGUAAAGAAUAUUGAAUUCGGCCACUUGUUUGAGGGAAUAAUUUGUAAUUUGAAUAUUACUGAACUGAACUUGAGACAAACGACUUGCAUUCAUUUAUUUUGCUGUCAAAGGUUUAUCAGAAUAUCACAAAUCCAUUAUUGUAACCAGGCCCAACUUUCCACCAUAUUUCUGAUUGUUGAUGAGUGAUUUCCCGCCUUUUUAUACCCUGAACAACGUGCUUCAGCUGCCCGUUCAUCAGUUUCUACUCAGACAGAAACCUGAGGAGGAUUUUACAACAGAGGUGCUUCGUCCACAUUCCCAGAGACGCAGUGUAAAGACACAGCUGUUAAAGACACAGCUGUUAAGGACAGUCAUGUCUCAUGCUGAAGGUCCCAGCUCUUGAUGUAGCCACAACAGUAUUUGAUCACUGUGCUUUGGUUGUAACAUUUACAUUUUUUCAAUUCUGCAUUAACUGAUUUAUCUUGCUGUUUUUUGGUGCUAGAAGAAACAGUCUGUUACAGCUCUGAGCUUGACUCGAGAUCUGAGGAUCCUGUUUUCAUUCAAAGCUUCAAACCAAAGUUCAGAGGCAUCUUACGGAUGAGAAAAGCAGGAAGUGAAUUUCUGAAUGAUCUUCAGGUGGUUUCAUGUACUGGAUGUGAUGAACUAUGAUCAGAUUGAAGGUUUGUGGCUUUGAGUAAACAGAGGUCUGAGAUCGACAGCUGAUCCAUCAGUGGCUGUUAGUUUGAAACUGCAGAGGGGCUGAAGCGUCUUGUACCGUUGCCUCUGUGCGUGCUGACAAUAGGACGUAGCUGUGAGUGCACAAGUAUCAGAUACUGUCAGUGUUUUAUUACAUGCAUGAAGUACUGUAGAGCUGAGUGUUGUUUUACAGCCGUUUUAUCUUCACUCAGCUGUUACACAACCACAACUGCUGGUGCGACUCGUUUUAAACACCUAACCAUAUUUCACUUCACAUUCCUGCUGAUCAUUUUCCAAAUCCUCCCUCCAUUUCGUUGCUUCUGGGAAUCUGUAAAUGUCCGUUUAUUUUUGUAAAAAUAAACUUCCACAGACAUGAAACUUCACAUGGAGAUAAUCCAUCACCGUCAGCUGCAGAGAGUUCACGUCCUGCAGGGCUUCAAAAGUCAGAAAAGCCCUUUAAUCAUGUAUCCAACAUGUAUUUGUUCAGGCUGGUGUGGACAGUGAUGUUCCCUAUAAAAUGUUUUUAUAUUCAUUUCAACAAAACCUGUCGGGGAAUCUCCAGUUCCAUGUUAUAUAAAAUCAGUAUGUGGACUUUAAAUAAGUGGGUUAUUUUUCAAUUGGUUAAUCCAUCCCUCCAUUUAUUCAUCCAUUUUCUCAAGGUCGUUUUUAAUGAAGAAUUAAAAACACUCGUUAAAUACUUGUUAAAUAAUUCUAGGUCACAUGUCCCUCGCGGGUCUCAGUGAUCUUUGAUCCUUCGACCGCUUGACCAUGAAAAGAUGUUGAACUGAACUCGUGGCGUCAAGCAGGAAGUUUAUCUUCUCUUCUCUGCAAGCUGAUUUUCAUAUAAAAUCCGUCAGCUCUGAAGAGCGGAGCUGAGAUUCACAGGAAUAAAAAAGUUCAUGAAAAAAGCACAAAAGAUCCUGAAGCUCAUGUUCCAGCACUGACGAGUUUCACCUGUUCAGACUCAACAUCAGGCUGAAGAGACGAAUCCGAACUGAUGUUGACAAAGCUCAACAAGAGAAUCGACAGGCUUUUAUUCUGAAACAUUAGUUCUUCAAAGGUAGAAAGCAACACUAAAGCUCAAAUAUACAUAUAAUAAAAAGAAGGAAUUAUUCUGGACAGCAGAAUGAGCUGAACACCAGGUUCAAUGAUGUUUCAUGUACUUUCUUUAAGGUUUGUAUUUGAUGUUUACAUUGAACAUUUAUAUUAAAUGUGUUGAGCUCGUCCACAUAUUCACUUCAUUUAAAAACUCACACAUUCACUUUGUUUCACAGUAAAACAGAGUGAAUGUGUUUGAACUGGACUUCAGGUUCUUUGCUCCUCAGACUGACGACACACUGAACAAUGAUUCCAUCAUUUCAUCAAAUGGAAAUAUUCUACAUUUCUGCUGCUAAAUCUUCAGGCUGCAACGAACACGGUAUUUUCAUUAUUGAUUAAUGUGUCAAUAAUUUUUUCGAUUAAUUUCUUUGUGUAUAUAAUAUCCAUCUUUCAAAUUAGUUUGACCAGAAAUGUUCAGCUUAAGUUCAGUAGCUGCAGCAGAAUCACUGAAACUUUUAAUUAUCAAAAUAGUAAUUUUUCUGUUCGAUCUCCUGAUCAACAAAACUGAUUAUUUCAACUCUGCUUUGUUUUAAACGGAUUUCCUCCAGAUUCAUCUCGACAGGUUUUAUAAAUGGAGUAAAAGACAGAAAACCUCAGUGGGGUCGUUUUAUUCCGUCACAGCAGCAAACGCUGACUCUCAUAAUUCAUGUGUCUGUUAUUUUCUUCAAUAAUCGACUGAUUGUUGAGUUGAUAAAAUGUCAGAAAGUCAAACAGUGGAACAGUUUCCUGUCAGAGGGAACUGGAGAAACUGGAACCAGUGACGUCUAAAAUGAAUCAGUUAUCGGCCCUUUCAUUUUCUGUCAGUCAUCUGGGCUGGGACGUCUCGCUUGGUUGGGUCAGUGACGGGGUCAGCAGGGGCCCGAGAACAGGGUUUGGUCCCGGGGCCCCUCAGCAGGGGCCCGAGAACAGGGUUUGGUCCCGGGGCCCCUCAGCAGGGGCCCGAGAACAGGGUUUGGUCCCGGGGCCCCUCAGCAGGUUCAGCCUUCAGUUCGUCUCCCUCCAAAUUCAUUUUUCCUUUUUCUCGUCAUUGCCAAACUCACCGACGCCACAAACCCUUUUUAUGUUGAAUGUUAAAAAUGUGCUUUAACGACGUUUUCUGCUUCUCUGCAUCCGUCGUGCCUCGUAGUGUCCGACGUACCUGUCGAUGUUAAGCCCCGCCCAUCAGGAAGCAGGAAGUGGUUUGGUGUGAGGGUUGAAGUCUGGUAGUGCCUCAUCGAAACGCUUCGACACCCUCAGAGUGUGUGUGUGUGUGUGUGUGUGUGUGUGUGUGUGUGUGUGUGUGUGUGUGUGUGUGUGUGUGUGUGUGUGUGUGUGUGUGUGUGUGUGUGUGUGUGUGUGUGUGUGUGUGUGUGCGCUUCCUGUCGGUGCAGUAGUGUAUUCACCUCUAACGUGCUAAGCUAACAUGUUAAGCUAACGUGCCUCCAAAUGUCACUUGUAUGUAGUUUUGGUUUUUGCUGUAAUUUUGUUUUUACCUGAAGUUUAUCGAAUAGAUGACAUGUAUAUUUUUUUAGUUUAACUGUCAAUUGCACUAAUUGUUUUACAGACGCUCUUAGAUGUGAUGUUCAGGAUUAUUAAUGUUGUAAUAAUAAAGCUAAAUAUAUAAUACAUAUAUUAUAUAUAUAUAUAUAUAUAUGCGUGUGUGUUUAAAUAAUGAUUCUUAUAUGUGUUUAAUCACAAUAAACUAAAGACCAUCUAAGAAUUAAUGACA